CGUAAAUCUUUCUCCACCAUUCACGUAUACCACUAUCCAGCGUCACUGAUCCUUGACCCACUACCAACCAUCAUGGACCAAGACAUUCAAGCACAGCCCGCUGGCGUCAGUGACCCCGCCGUCGAGAACAAGAUCAUCAACGAAGAGUACAAGGUCUGGAAGAAGAACGCCGUCUUUCUCUACGAUGUCAUCUACAGCAGGGCUCUGGAGUGGCCCACCCUCACCACCCAGUGGCUCCCCGACGUGCAGUCCUUGCCCGACAAGAACUUUUCCACCCACCGCCUGUUGAUCGGCACACACACUUCAGGCGCCACUCAGGACUACCUCCAGAUCGCAAGUGUCGACCUUCCCAACAAACCCGCCGUCAACCCCGCAGACUACGAUGCAGAGAAGGAGGAGAUUGGCGGCCACGGUGCUGCCAAACAGCCCAUCUCCUUCAACGUCAUCCAGAAGAUCAACCACCCUGGCGAGAUCAACAAGGCUCGCUACAUGCCUCAGAAUCCUGACCUCAUCGCGACCAUGACCAUUCAGGGAGACGCCCUUGUCUUCGACCGCACAAAACACUCGUCCAUGCCCAAGACGAACCAGGUCGAUGCGCAAAUCGAGUUGAAGGGUCACGAGAAGGAGGGCUUCGGCCUUGACUGGAACCCUCACUUUGAGGGUCAACUAGCCACUGGUAGCGAAGAUCAGACUGUGCGCGUAUGGGACAUCAACAACUUCUCAAAAGCCGACAAGAUUCUGACAACCGCUCGUAUAUUCAACCAUCACAGCGCCACCGUCAACGACGUACAAUGGCACCCCAUGCACGGCAAGAACCUGCUAGGCACAGUCGCAGAUGACAAGACCUUUUGCCUCAUGGACCUCCGCACAGCCUCCAAUUCAAAGCCCGCAAUCAGAAUUACCGGUCACACAGAUGCUAUCAACACUCUGGCCUUCCACCAGAAGCAUGAUGUGCUAUUCGCCACUGGUUCUGCUGACCGUACUGUGGGAAUCUUCGACAUGAGAUUCCCAGAGCACGGCAAGAUUCACAGCAUGGAGGGUCACCAGGAUGUCGUCACUAAGAUUGAGUGGCAUCCUCACGACCCUUGCAUUCUUGCCAGUAGUGGUGAUGAUCGUCGUGUCAUUUUCUGGGACAUCAGUCGCGCCGGAAGUGAGCAGACUCCAGACGAUGCUGAAGAUGGCCCACCAGAGAUGCUCUUCAUGCAUGGUGGCCACACUAGCCGUGUAUCGGACUUCAGCUGGAACAAGAACGACCCGUGGAUGAUGUGCUCGGUCGCCGAGGACAACCUCAUUCAGUGCUGGCGUGCCUCGAGAAACUUGGUUGAAACCUUGCCUCCCGGUAUUCCACGCCGUGAAGUGUCUGUAUCACAAUAGAGCAAAGGCUGACUUUAGCUUCUAUCUACAGCCGCAAUGAGAGACGUUCAGGACUAGAAGACCCCUGAACCCGAGGUCAUUGUCGAAAGCUGGAUGGACGGUCUCGAUUGAGAAAAACAUGAUUGAUUUCCGGAGCAGCAAGGCGUUCAAGGCGCGAUGGGAAGUUGAAGCAUCUAUCUGGCUUGGACUCGGUCAGAGUCAUGGGAAUGGAGACGGAUUGUUAUGAGAACUAGAAAGCGAUCGUGUAGACUCCUCCACAAACAUUCUUCCACAUCACAAACACGACUUUGGUCGAUCAUGCAUCGUGAAUCCGACCAGUCGUGUGUCACGAGUAAGGCAGGAUUAUGUGAUGCUUUGUAGAUAUGGACUCGAGGACAACCAACAACCUGAUCUACUAUCGCUAAUCUGAUUGUCGAGUGCUAACGUGUAUUGGCUCAAAGUGCUUCCAUGAGCCUGAUAGAUAUCGGAGCCUACAGCCGCAAUGCGAUCAAAGACCAAC